AUGGGCGACAGUUCAUCCUCAGAGACUGCGAAAACCGUCCAUUCCGAAGACAAUGGAUGUGCUUCUUCUACACAAGUCAAGACGCCCUUGCGCCGGCAAGCCUGGCUGCAAGUACUCGCUGGCCAUCUCAUCGUCUUCGACACCUUCGGCUACAUCGGCUCCUGGGGACUGUUUCAAUCAUACUACCAGAUCUCCCUGGGCCGCUCACCGUCAGAGAUAAGCUGGAUCGGGUCCAUCCAACUUUUCCUCGUAUACUUUGUCGGAUCCCUCUCCGGUCGCACGCUGGACGCCGGCUAUGUGCGCACUGCACUGGCCCUUGGGUGCAGCCUUCAAGUCGUCGGCAUUUUUACCGCAGCGCAGAGUACGCGAUAUUGGCAGCUGUUUCUUUCCCAAGGCAUCUGCGUGGGUCUUGGCAAUGGCUUGACAUUCACCCCGAUGAUAUCGCUUAUUAGCACCUACUACGAGGACAAAUUUCGGCCACUCGCAGUCUCAUUUGCCGCAGCAGGUGCUGCUACAGGCGGCAUGGUGUUCCCAGCCAUUGCGAAACGACUGCUAGAUCGCAUUGGGGUGGCCUGGACAGUCCGUGUCAUGGGUUUCGUCUUUCUGGCCAACUCAGCCAUUGCUCUUGCCCUCGUUCGACAACGGACUGCAGCGCGGAAGUCAGGUCCAUUACUGGAAUGGUCCGCAUUCACAGAGCUACCGUAUCUACUGUUCACCAUCGGAGUCUUCCUCGUGCUAUGGGGAGUGUACUUCGCAUACUACUUUAUCACCAUCUUCGCAACGGACAUCGUCCACAUGUCCUCUAGCCAAUCUUUCUACCUGAUCAUGGCGCUCAACGGCAUCGGCAUUCCUGGCCGCAUUCUACCUGCCUAUUUGGUCACGGUCGCUCCCUCGGUUUUGCACAUCUUCGUUCCUGCCAUUCUCGCGUCCGGACUGUCAUUAUACCUAUGGGCAUUUGUGAAAAGCUCGAGUGGCCUGGUGAUCUGGACUCUCGUGUAUGGUUUCUGCGCCAACGCAGUGCAGGCCCUAGCACUUGGAGGUCUUGGGAGCCUAACAGUGGAUAAGCGGAAAAUGGGCACUCGCACCGGUAUGGUGCUGAGUAUUGUCAGCUUUGCUUCGCUGACAGGACCUCCGAUAGCAAGUGCGUUGAUUGACGCGCGAGCUGGCGACUUCUUGUACGCGCAAAUUUUUGGGGGAACUACAAUGGUCUGUGGGGCCAUGGUGCUAGUCGGGGUUAUAUGGGUGAGGAACCCAUAA